GAGCGCGCCGGCGGAUGUGACGUAAGCGGCGCGCGCGGGGAGGAGGAGGAGGCGGCGGCAAGAUGGCGGCGCCGAAGGUGAAGCAGGACAUGCCGCCGCCGGGCGGGUACGGGCCCGUCGACUACAAGCGGCACCUGCCGCGCCGCGGCCUCUCAGGUUACAGCCUCUUCGCGCUGGGCAUCGGCAGCCUCCUGCUGGGCUACUACACCAUCAUCAAGUGGAACCGGGAGCGCAGGCGGCUGCUCAUCGAGGACCUGGAGGCUCGGAUCGCCCUGAUGCCGCUGCUGCAGGCGGAGUCGGACCGCAGGACCCUGCGACUGCUGCGGCAGAACCUGGACGAGGAAGCUAAAAUCAUGAAGGACGUUCCUGGGUGGCAGGUCGGAGAGUCCGUGUUUCACACCGACCGCUGGGUGCCCCCGACGCUGGAUGAGCUCUACUACCUGCGGCCCACCAGCGAGCUGGACAACGAGAAGUUUGGCUUGCAGUACUACGUCUGAAGCCCGGCGGAGCCCGGCUCUUCGUGGGCUUUGGUUUCCCCAGACGCCGCGCGGGGGGUGGUGUCUGUCGGAUGCGUUCGUUGCUGACUGUGUUUGGGCGUCUGCUAUUAAAACCGCGCCGAUACGAGA